AUGGAAAUUGUUAACAACCUCAGUGAAGACAGGCGUGUAAUAUUUUCAACGAAGAAGGCAAAAAAACGAGAACUCUACAAAAUAGCAAUGGUUCUGACACUAUAUAAAAAGGACACGAGCGCUCCUUGUAGAUCAGUUUUUAUGGUCCUCGAAGCUCUCGGCAUUAAGGAUGUGAAGUUGAUAAAUAUGAAUCUACAACAACGAGACCAAUUUAAGGAGGAAUACUUGAGGAUGAAUCCACAACAUACAAUACCCACUCUAAUAGAUGACGAUUUUGUUAUUUGGGACAGUCAUGCCAUUACAACAUAUUUAAUCAACAAGUAUGCUAAGGACGACUCUUUGUAUCCGAAUGAUGCAAGAAGAAGAGCUUUAGUGGAUCAAAGGCUACAUUUUGAUACUGGUGUACUGUUUGCUGCUCUAUUUGCAACUAUGGUCCCUGUUCUGUAUCAUGGAGAAAAGACCUUUAGGCCAGAAAACUUUGCAAAAAUAAAGAAUGCGUACGAUAUUAUAGAAAAAUUCUUCUCUGGAUCAUGGUUGACUGGAGACACCCUUACCUUGGCAGAUAUCUGUUGCGUCAGCACAAUCAGUUCUUUGAACGAAAUUAUACCAAUUGAUGUUAACUUGUAUCCCAAAUUGACCGCUUGGUUUACUCGCUGUUCGACACAAGAAUUCUACAUUAAAGCUAACAUGGUAGGAUUACAAGCAUUUCGCGAAAUGGUUAAAAACGCAGUCGCCUGA